AUGAAUAAUAAAACGCUGCUUAUAGUGUUAUUACUAGCUUGCACUUUAGGAGCUUAAUAAUUCAUUUAAUUGGGUAGCAAUUUAAAAUUGCAUAGUUUAAGUGAAUUGCAUCAAUUGGAGACUAAUUCCCUGGAAUGUAGUCCGACAUUGGGUGAAGUAAGCAAAUCAAUGGAUACAUGGUCUGAAAUCUUAGAAAAUCAAGACCAACUCAAUGCAGAUUCGCAUAAUCUUUAAUAAUUAAAGGUGGCAUUGCAAGAUUUUCGAGGAGACGGUUACGAAGAUGUCGAACCAAUAUUGUUGCAAUUCAGAAAUUCAUUUUCAGAUAUCUUGAGUCAAAUAAGCGCACACCAUCUACAAAUUACCCCUUAUCAAAGAUGGAGAAAGGAUAGUGCCAUGGAAUUACAAGGAGUAGUAAGUUUAUUAGAUACUGCUGAGAAUGAUAAAGAAUUACAAAUGUGCUGCGAUAGAAUAGAAUAAUUGAUUAAUAGAUUAAUGUCAGAGAGAGAAUAAGUGAGAAAGCAAUGUUAAAAGGGACCCUAGAUUACAAUCAACAUUAUAAAUUCUAAAGCAGACCAAGUGAGAGAAGUUACAAAAGAAUGUUCAGAUGGUUAAGGAACUAUUAUAAGAAUUAAACCGCUUGAAGAUGAUAAACAAGUAGUCCCAGGAAAACCUGAUGGUCAAUAACAAGGAAAUGAAGAAACUAAGAAACCUGUCCAACCUAUCUAACCAAUCUAACCAACAUAACCAGUCCGACCAGGUCCAGCUGAUAGAGUUCCAGAAGGAGAUGAUUAAUAGGAAUAAAGUGUUUCUGAACCAAGUAGUACAACAGAUGAAGAGGAUGAUGAGGAUUCCACAAAUAAAAAGAAACCAGCUGACUUUACCAAUCCAGAUCCUGUGGUAUAGAAGGAAAGAGAAAGUCAAGAACCAUUGACUGAAUAUGGUUACGGAUAUUGGGCUAAAUUUUUAUUGGCUUAUCCUAAGUUCUUACCGAAUGGAAAAGAUGCUCCUUGGUAUUUUGUCUCUAGAUUGAGUGCAAAUAAGAAAGAUGAAAAUAUCAAUAUGGGAGAUAGAUUGUUGGCUGUUUGGUUGGGUAAAGGAUAUUAUCAUUUCACAACUUGUGAUUAACCAAAGAAUCAACCAAAUGUUGCUCAAAAUGUUAAUUAUCCUGAAGAUUUUGAUGGUGUUUGGACUUAUAUUUACUAUUCAUACAGUGUUGAGAAAAAGAGAGCUGUUGCUUUUAUCAAAUUUGGAAAUGAUGAUCUUAAAAAGGUUACUCAUGAUGUUUUGAAUCCAUCAACAAAAUGGGUUAGAUUCACUAUUGGAGGUAAAGAUUAAAAUAGAUAUCCUGGCUUCAAUGGUUUAAUCUAAUAAAUUUAUUUCAGUACUAAACCAGGUGUCUUCCUUGAUUCUGAAGAUGAUGUUAUUGGUAAAUUGUAAGCAUAAAAGAAACAACCAAAGGAUUUCUUACCUGAAUUAAUUACUUAUAAGGUGGUCUCAAAUCCAUAAUAAAGAGAUCCCGAUACCAAAGAAAUUCUUUCUAUUGUUGGAACAACAAAAAAUCCAAAGUUUCCACAUGAAUAUGCUUUCAGUGGUUGGUUCAAAUGGGAAGCACCAAAAUAACAAUAAGAUUGGCAUAAUAUCUUCAGAGUUCAAAUACAACAACCAUCAACUGAUAAAUUCUUGGGAGAUAGAACAUUAUCUGCCUGGGUAGGAAAACAAGAUGGAGGUAUCAUUCAUUUACCAACCUAUACAUUUUCUAAUUUGGAAGGUGGUGGUAAUCCAAAUGUGAUUAGGAAUAUCCCACACUAAAAUAGACACACUGAAUGGUUCUUUGUUUAUUUUGGAUAUUCAAGACCUUAGAAGAAGGCUGUUGCUACAAUUCAAUGGAAACAAUCAACUGAAAAAUAAGAAUAUGAAAACAUCAGACACUUCCAAGUUCCUAAGUUCUACAUUUAUGUAGGAAAAGACAAAUAAUUCCCAGGAUUCAAUGGUAAAGUUGCAUUAGUUGCUUUCAACGUUGGAGAAGGAUCAUUCAAACCUAGCAAUGACUUUACAGGAAAAGGUGAUCCCUUUAGUUUUGUGACUGGUAAAAAGAAAUUGAUUGGAGUUCAACCAGAAAUAGACACUGAAGAAGAUCCUGAAAAAUAAAAGAAACCAUAUAAAGCAGUUGAUGAUGUAGAGACUGAUGGUUUGACUAGACCAAGUUCAAGCGAAGAAAAUAAACCAGUCAUUGAAGAAAAUUAAGAAGAUGAAAACGAAUUAGUCGAAUAUGGUUAUGGAUUUUGGAUGAGAUUCUUAACUGCUUACCCUGAUAGAUUAUUGAAUGGAAAGAAUGCUCCAUGGUACUUUGUUUCUAGAUUAACUUCAAAUAUGAAUUACAAAAAUAUUGAUAUGGGUGACAGAUUACUAGCCAUUUGGUAAGGUUAAGGAUAUUACCAUUUCACUACUUGUGAUUAACCAAAGAACCAAGCCAAUGUAAUUCAAAAUAUCAAUUAUCCAAAUGACAUUGAAGGAUUGUGGACAUACGUUUACUAUUCAUACAGUUCAGAAGCUAAAAAAGCUAUUGCCUUCAUCAAAUAUGCAGAUCAAGAACCAAGAACAAUCUUACACUCAGUUCAACAUCCCGCUGCCAAGAAAGUCAAAUUCAUUUUGGGUGGUAUGGAUAAUAAAUAAUAUCCUGGAUUCAAUGGUUUAUUUAGUUAAGUCACAUUUUCAGCUAGACCAGGAGUAUUUUUGGAUACAAUUGAAGACUUUUCAGAUUAAUUAAAAAGAACAAUAAUACCAAAGUAAGAUUUGGAUUAAUUCUACAAUCAUGAAUUAGUUUCUGAUAUCAUUUCUAGAAAACCAAAUGACAUUCCAGACUAUGAUGAAAUUGGUGGUGGACAAGAAAUGUUCCCACAUGAAUAUGCCAUUUCAGGAUGGUUCAAAUGGGAACAAACUUAAUAAUAGGUUUGGCACAAUGUUUUCAGAGUUCAAAUAAAGAAGCCAUCCACUGACAGAUUCUUGGGAGAUAGAACAUUAUCUUGUUGGAUUGGUACUGCUUAAGGAGGUAUCUUACAUUUCCCAACAUACACAUACACAAAUAUGAAUGGAGCAGGUAAUCCAAAUAUGGUCAGCAAUAUCCAACACAAGAAUAGAAUUUUCGAUUGGUUCUUUGUUUACUUUGGAUAUUCAAAAAAUUAAUAAAAGGCAUUUGUCGGAGUUAGAUUUGCAUCAGGACUUGAAACCUUAGAGUAUAACAAUGUCAAUCAUUAUUAUGCACCUAAAUUCUACACAUUCGCUGGCAAAGACUUGCACUUCCCAGGAUUGAAUGGCAAAUUGGCAUAUGUGAACUUUAACUUAGGAGAUGGAACAUUCAGAAAGACUCCAGAUUUCAAACAUCCAGAUGACAUCUUUGGAUUACAAAAGGGUGAAAUCAACAUCCUCAAAAAGCCAGAUUAAAAGAAAGUACAACCAGAAGUUGAUAAGGAAACUGGAGAAACUUAAAUUCCAAAUGCAGUAUCUGAUAAUACACCCAAAGUUACUAAGGAAUUCAAAUCAGAAUAACCUCUUGCUGAAUAUGGUUACGGAUUUUGGAUGAGAUUCUUAACUGCUUAUCCAGUCAAAUUGCCGAAUGGAAAGAAUGCACCUUGGUAUUUCAUUUCAAGAUUAGCCAACAGACCUAAUUAUGAUAAUAUUGCUAUGGGAGAUAGAACUUUGGCUAUUUGGUAAGGACAAGGAUAUUAUCACUUCACCACAUGCAAUUUACCAGGACAAGUCAAUGUAAUUAAGAAUGUCAAUUACCCAGCUGAUAUUGAAGGAUUGUGGACAUAUGUCUACUAUUCAUAUAGUAGAUAAGAGAAGAAGGCAGUUGCAUUCAUUAAAUUUGGUGCAACAGAUCCAAUUGAUGUUGUUCACUAAGUUACUCAUCCAGAUAAUAAUUAUGUUAAAUUCAUUUUGGGAGGUAAAGACAAUAAUAGAUAUCCUGCAUUCAAUGGUUAAUUCUAAUCAGUUGUUCACUCUGCUUCUCCUGGAGCCUAUAUUGGAUCCCUUGAUUAAUUCAAGGCUUUCCUUGAUAAACAACCAAAUCCUUUAGGAUCUAAAGUUCCUUUGACCACAACCCCACUAGUUGAUAGUUAAAUCACAAGAAAUCCAGGAACUCCAGGAAAUACAUAAACUGUUGAAGCUCCAUUCCCUAAAGAAUACGCGUUCUCAGGUUGGUACAAAUGGGAAUAACCAACACCCUAAUAGGCAUGGCACAAUCUAUUCAGAGUCCAAAUCAGUUAGCCAUCAACAGACAACAGUCUUGGUGAUAGAACUUUAGCAGGAUGGGUUGGAAGUGGAGCAGGAGGUAUCAUUCAUUUGACAACAUACUCAUACAAGAAUAUGAAUGGAGCUGGUCCAAAUAAUCUACCAUAAAAUAUCAAUCAUAAAAAUAGACAUUUUGAAUGGUUCUUUGUUUACAUGGGAUAUUCAAAGAAUGAUAAAGCAGCUUAUGCAUAUGUCAAAUGGAGAGAUAGCGAAGAUAAUUUAGAAUACAAAGACAUCAAUCACUACCUUGCUAAGAAAUAUUUUGUUUUCGUUGGUAAAGAUGUUCAAUUCCCAGGAUUCAAUGGAAGAAUUGCAUCUACAGCCUUUAAUCAUGGAGAAGGAUCAUUUAGAAAAGGAAAUGAUUUCAAACAUCCAACUGAUGCAUUCAAAUUUGAUAAAGGAAGCUAGUUAAUUCCAAAAGUUGAUCCAACAAAACCUGUUGUAGAUGAUAAGACUGAAUAUGGAAGCAAAUUCAAUAAUAAUGCCCCCAACGUUGAUAAAACUUUGGCAUCCAACGAUCUUUUGGUUGAAUAUGGUUAUGGAUUCUGGGCUAGAUUCUUAACUGCAUAUCCAGCAAGAUUAAUUAAUGGAAAGAAUCAACCAUGGUACUUUGUAGCAAGAUUAACAACCAAUGUCCAAUAUGAUAACAUUAGAAUGGGAGAUAGAGCCUUAGCUAUUUGGUAAGGACAAGGAUUCUACCAUUAUACAACAUGCAAUAAAUAAGACGGAAAUGUUAAUGUGAUUUAAAACAUCAAUUAUCCAGCUGAUAUUGAAGGAGUUUGGACAUACAUCUACUAUUCAUACAGUGCAGAGAAGAAGAAAGCUGUGGGAUUCAUUAAGUAUGGAAAUGAUGAUGUCAAAUCAAUCACUCAUUCAAUAACACAUCCAGAAACCAGAUAAGUUAGAUUCAUUUUAGGUGGUAUGGAUAACAAUAGAUAUCCAGCCUUUAAUGGUAUCUUCACUAAAGUCUCAUAUUCUCAUGAGAAAGGAGCAUUCAUUGAUAGUUUAGAUGUUUUGAAAACAAGAUUAGGAAUUGUGCCAGAUGUUGACACUCCAGCUGUUAACAAGAAGAUUGUUGCAGGAUAAAUAGAAAGAGUUCCAACUGUUGCUCAUAUUGGUGAAACUGUUGGAGAUGAAUAAACUAAAUUACCAUAAGAAUAUGCUUUAAGUGGAUGGUUUAGAUGGGAUAAAUUAUAAGGAUAGUAAGUAUGGCAUAAUAUCUUCAGAGUUACAAUUAAUUCACCAUUCUCUGAUAGAUUUUUAGGAGAUAGAACAUUAGCUGUUUGGGUUGGUACCACCGCAGGAGGUAUUUUACAUCACACUACUUAUACAUACAAUAAUAUGAAUGGAGCAGGAAAUCCUAAUAUUAUUCAAAAUAUAUAACACAAAGAUAGACAUUAAGAGUGGUUCUUUUUGUAUUAUGGAUAUUCAAAGAAAGAUCAAAAAGCUUAUGCUUAUGUCAAAUUCAAGGAUAGUGAGGAAUCAUUAACUUUCUAGAAAAUCAAUCACUACUUAGCCCCUAAGUUCUUUGUUUAUUUAGGCAAAGAUCCUAACUUCUAAGGAUUCAAUGGUUAAAUUGGAUUUGUUAAUUUCAACAUUGGUAAAGGUAGUUUCAAAACAGGAAACGAUUUCCCAGAUGAUAAAGAUAAAUUUGGAUUUUUAGAUGGAUCUAAAGCUAUUGCUAAACCCGUUGAACCACCUAAACCAGAUGCAAUUCCAGAAGCUGAUAAAUCAGUAUUUGCAAGUGCUUCAAGUGCAGAUUCUGCAAAGGUUGACAAAUAGACUGUUGCGGGUGAUUAAAAUUUAGUUGAAUAUGGUUAUGGAUAUUGGUUGAGAUUCUUAACAAAGUAUCCAGAGUAAUUACCAAAUGGAAAGAAUUAACCAUGGUACUUUAUAUCCAGAUUAACUACAAAUGUUCAAUAUGAUAAUAUUAGAAUGGGAGAUAGAGCUUUGGCAAUUUGGUAAGGAUAAGGAUACUAUCAUUUCACUACAUGUGAUUAAAAGAGUAACAAUGCCAAUGUGAUUAAGAAUGUCGAUUAUCCAAAUGAUAUUGAAGGUAUUUGGACUUACAUUUACUAUUCAUACAGUUCAAAAGAAAACAAUGCAAUUGCCUUUAUUAAGUUUGGAGAUAGUGAUUUCUAAUAAGUGACUCAUUAAGUCGUUCAUCCAGCUGCAAAAUAAGUUAGAUUCAUCUUGGGAGGCACAGAUGAAAAGAGAUAUCCUGCAUUCAAUGGUCUAUUCACUAAUGUUUAUUUUAAUGCUAGAGUUGGAGCAUACAUCAAUUCAUUGCCAAAUCUCAACAAAUUACUAGAUACUUAAGGACCAAAACCAAGCAUAAAACUAGUUGAUUUGGCUACUACUAUUUUGAUUGAUAAGGAAAGUUCUAGAACUCCAAAGGAUGAGCCUAUCACAACUGAGGUGGAAGAAAAGAGGUUACCUCAUCAAUAUGCAUUCAGUGGUUGGUUUAGAUGGGGAGCUAUAGCAUAGGAAGCUUGGCAUAAUAUUUUCAGAGUAUAACUCAAGACACCUUCUACAGACAAUGUCUUGGGAGACAGAACCUUAUCAGCUUGGUUGGGAACAGCAGAAGGAGGUAUCAUCCAUCUACCUACAUACACAUACACUAAUAUGAAUGGAGGUGGAAGAAAUACUGAAUGGCAUUUCCUAUACUUUGGAUAUUCAAAGGAUUAAAACAAAGCUCAAGCUUAUAUUAAAUGGACUCAAUCAGAAGAUACUCUUGAAUACCCCGACACCAGACAUUACUUUGCAUCUAAAUUCUAUAUCUUCACAGGAAGAGAUAAACAUUACCCUGGUUUCAAUGGAAACAUUGCUUAAGCCAAAUUCAAUAUUGGUGAAGGAUCAUUUGUUCCAGACAAGAACUUCAACUUACCAAAAGAUCCAUUCUCAUUUGGAAGUGGAGUUAAUACCUACCAUAAAGACUAACCAAAACCAUAACCAGAAAUAAAACCAGAUACUAAAGUGCUUGAUAAUUCUGAAACACAGAAAGUACCAGUAGUGAACAAAGAGUUGAAGGAUGACAAGGAAUUAACAAGUUUAUGGAUAUGGAUUUUGGAUGAGAUAUUUGACAGUUUAUCCAGAAAGAUAAAUCAAUGGUAAGAAUUAACCAUGGUACUUUGUCUCAAGAUUGACAUGGAAUGA